AUGAAGCCUAAGAGCAGCGGCUCGAAGGCACAAACCGAAGAACCUCAUAUCAAAGAGGUUAGUAACGACGCUGACGGUCGCUCUGCUUACGAUAUAACUAAAUCCGAACCCAAAGAUAAACCGAUCACUCCUACCCCUAUAACUACAAAAAAGGUACUUACUGCUACUGCUACUAUCAAUAAGGGCAAGCAGAGAGAUAACCACCGCAGCUUAUUCUUUAUAUUACACAAAGAUAGCCUCUACGAGUUUAAGAACCCUAAAGACCUUCAGACAUACCUCCAGAAGGAUCCUGAACGCUUCUAUUAUCUAAUCAACAACCAGACUAAAAUCUACAAGAAGCUAACGAAGAUUAUAACUGUCUGCAAAAGGAACUCUGCCGGAGCCAGCAGCCUAAAGAAAGAAUCCCGUAUCGAUCCCGUCACACUUAAGAAGAGCCUAAACUAUAUAUACACUCUCACUCUCGUUCACUAUAUCGAUUAUACCGUUACUCUCAGUUACGUUCCCAAGCUUAAGCAGAGAACCGAGGAACGUUACUUUGAAUAUAAUAAGACAGGCUAUAUUAGUAAGGAUUACCUGAAGCGUGCGCUAUGUCUAUUAAAGGAGCCUAAACCUAUUACUGUUGUUAACCUUACUGAUAUAGAAGUACCUGCUCCCCUAGCACCCACUGUCGAUACAGAAAAAGCCUAG